AUGUACCCCGCUGAUGUCGUCAUUGUCAACACCGAGCUCUACGGAGCCAUUGGCCCUUUCAGAAUGAUCCAAGCCCACCUCCAUCAUCCCCUUUCUUUCCCUCUUGGCUUUUCUCCUCCCCUACAACCUGGCAGGUUCAUUCUCCACUGGAAGGUCACAACAGGCACGACAGUGAACAUGGCUCUAGAGGCCCAGACACACGCGGUCUCCGGCGGGUGGUUCGCCGUCGGCUGGUCGGCAACCGGAGCAACGUACCCCGCUGACGCCGUCAUUGUCAACACCGAAGACUACGGCGACAUUGGCCCGUAUAAAAUGGAGCAUGACUCACUGACGGCCAUCAUCCCCUUUGCAAACUUCCUGCUGGGUUCCGCCACCUACACCAGGCCUGCUUCCACGUACCCUGGCGGCGCUACCACGCUUGCCGGCAGCGGCGUUGCCACUCCCACACCCACAAGUUUCCGCACAACGGGCACGGGCAGAAAACGCCGCUCAACCUCCCCUCUCCUCCCAUAUUUCCCUUUCCUCCUCCCCACCUCUCUCUUCCAACCCCUUUCCAGCUUCUCCCGCACGGCGGGCACGCGCGACAAGAUCAACUUCGUCAACGGACCCAUGAAGACCGUCUGGGCCUACUCCGACGGCCAAUCAGGCUCCUUCAACGCCGGCCAUGCCGCCCAACGUGGCGUCGUCACAAUCGACUACAAAUGCGACUCCAACGCCGCCAACCCCCCGCCGCCCGCCCCUUCCGCCAAACCUCCUCCUCCCGCCCCUUCCAAUGCCAAACCCCCGCCUCCCCCUGCGUCCAACAAACCCUCCCCCCCGCCACGUGUCGCCCGCGCCUCGCCGCCCCCCCGCCGUCUUCCAAGCCCAAGCCCGCUGGGGCACAGGGUAGCGCUGGGGCACAGGGUAGUGCUGGUGGUGAGUGUUGUGGGGCACAGGGUGGUGCUGGUGGUGAGUGCUGUGGGGCACAGGGUGGUGCUGGUGGUGAGUGCUGUGGGGCACAGGGUGGUGCUGGUGGUGAGUGCUGUGGGGCACAGGGUGGUGCUGGUGGUGAGUGCUGUGGGGCACAGGGUGGUGCUGGUGAUGAGUGCUGUGGGGCACAGUGUGGUGCUGGUGAUGAGUGCUGUGGGGCACAGGGUGGUGCUUUUCAUUCGCCAUUGA